AUGACUGUGAAAAUAAUUUCCAUAUUUGUCGCUGUUUUCCUCUUAGCGCUACAGAACGUUGAAACCCUGACAACUGCAGAUCGCAUAAAAGAUGCCGGCUACCAAAGUGAAGAGUAUAAUGUAACCACCCCCGAUGGUUUUGGUAUAACCGUAUUUCGUAUUCGAAAACUGAACGCGCCGAACAAUGUCAAACUACCUGUGGCCCUGCUACAACAUGGCUUAGUUAGCUCCUCCGAUUUUUGGGUGUUGAAAGGUGUACCCGAUCUCUUAGCCUAUACUUUAGUUGAGAAUGGAUAUGAUGUAUGGUUGGGUAAUACCCGUGGUAAUCCUUAUGGCGGCUAUCACCCCAAAUUAUCAACGGAUUCUCGAGAAUUUUGGCGUUUUACAUGGCAUGAAAUUGGUGUUCUGGAUCUGCCCAGUAUUAUUGACUUCGUAUUGAAAACGACCAAACAAAAUAAUCUGCAUUAUGUUGGUCAUUCUCAGGGUACUACAUCAAUGUUUGUAUUACUGUCCACCUAUCCGCAAUAUAAUGCGAAGUUGAGGUCAGUACAUCUAAUGGCUCCGGUGGCCUUUAUGGAACAUAGCACUUCUAAAUUGAUAAAGCUCUCCGCACCAUUACUGGGUAGUUAUUCCUUUAUGACGCCAUUGGCUGGUGACAACGCCCUAAUUGACAAUGUUUUCAUCCGCAACAUUUUGGGAAUUGAAAGCUGUCGUCGAACGGAGGGGGAUGUCUAUCCCGACUUUUAUGAAACUCAUCCGGCCCGUUGUUCAACCAAUCAAGCCAUACAUUAUGUGCAGCUUUAUAAAUCGCGUAAAUUCCGUCAAUUUGAUUUUGGAACUAAGGGCAAUAAGGAACGUUAUAAGCAGGAUACCCCUCCAGAUUACCAAUUGGCCAAUAUAAAUCCACAAUUUCCACUGCAUUUCUAUCACAGUAACGAUGAUGCUUUUGCAGCGGUUGAGGAUGUCAAGCACUUGUCCGAUCUUUUGGGUAAUAAAACUGUUCGACAUUUUAUUGAUUUGGAUAAUUUUUCCCAUAUGGACUUUGUCAUCGGCUAUAAUAUUAAGGAUGUCAUUAAUGGUGAUGUUCUGAAUGAAAUGAAGCGGGUCGAUGGUUUGUUGCAGUAG